AUGUUGACAUCCAAAUCAAUCCGGGUAGCUAGACUUUCCACCUUUUUUCCCAGAAAUACAAGGGAGCUUAUAAUUGAUAACAUUACAAAUGUUCCCAAAAAUUCAGAUACUAAUGUAGAACUAUUAAACUCACAGGAAACAAUUGCAAAGAUUUCUUUCCCCAAUACUACGGAAUUUUAUAUUCGAAAGGGUUCUUUACUAUCCCUGUAUUGCCAAUCUGGUUCCGAGACAAAUGAUAGCAAGGGCAAAUAUCAACCGUUCCCCCUAGAUUCAAUGACAAUUACAAAUGAAACAAUUAAUAAGUGGUCAAAUUUAAUGGCCUAUUCAUCUUUGAGUGCGUCAUCUUUCCAAAAGAUAUCUUCCACAUUACAAUUGAAUGAUUCAACGGCUCAUAUAAAUAUACUAUUAUCUUCCAAUUUCAAUUCUUCAUCAAAUAAAUUACCCAACAAAUCAAUUUAUCCAAUAAAGUUGGAUGGUACUACAGAUUGGCAUAUAUUUAAAAAUGAUUCCAUCUUGGCAUUUGAAAGAUCAUUAAAUUUAAAAUUUAAUCAAUCCAUUCUAAAUAAUUUCAAAAAUAUAACGGCAACCAUAAAGGAAAGACAUUUAUUUAAUAAAAACUUCCAAAUAUUGAAAGGUCGUGGUAGUGUCUUGUUAUUUGGUCAAGGUUCCAUCAUUCCAAUUCAAUUGAAAAAUCUAAGCGACGAAGUCUUGGUGGAUUCUUCUAAUCUAAUUGCCAUUAAUGGAACAUCACAAUUAGAUAUCAAUAAUGCCAUAACAAGCUUUAAUUUGAAAAUGGCACCCUCUGUUGAUAAUAAAUUGAAAUUGAUUAAGGCAAGAUUGUCGCCGUUACCUCAUAUUAUUAAAAAUAAAUCAUUUGUUACAAAUAUGAAAUCAGUAUUGAAUUUUGCCAAAGUUUUCAUUGUAAAUUCAUUCCAUUCUUUAAGUUGGUAUUAUUAUCUCUGGAAAUUUGGUAAAUCCCCCAAAUUAAUUAGAAUCAGCGGUCCCAGAACAAUUCUAAUGCAAACAUUUAGCUCGUUUAAAUAUUAUGAUGGAACACAAAUACAAGAUGUGAAUAAUAAAGAUAAUUUAAUUGCAAUUACAAGGGGAGAAGAGAACCUGUCUCAAGGUGAGAUGAGUAUCAAGGAUGACACUAGAACUAAUAACUACUUUAUUGCCACUGUGUCUGAGAAUGGGAACGUCAAGAUUAAACCAUCGGCAGAACUAAAGGAAAAUUGA